UCACCCGCUCUCAUGUGAUGGCUCCUGCCAGUGACGUGCCCACCAUAUGGCCUGGCAUCAGAGCAGGUAUGUAACGCUGCCUGCUAGGGAUGCCACACCGCCUCUCUGCAGUCCGGAAAAAGGAUAACUCGUACCGGAUCACAGACAAUUGAGCUUCUCUUCUUCUUAGUCUUCUUAGCUUAGUAGGGAAUUAUAUCGUGAAGAUGGUGUAGACGAACGCGCCCUCAUCCAUAGAGCACCAUAAACUAGUGCCGCUGCCAUGUUGACUAGAUUAUUCAACGAACCUUCACUGCUUCCGGACAUGCAGAAGUUCGGGGGCUGGGUGGAUGACAGCGGGAGCGAGGACUCCAAAAUCAAGGACGAGGAGCAGGAGCACUGUCGCCUAGGCGACGAGGACUUGGACGAGGGCGAUGUGAAAGACGGGAGCAGCCGGGCUCAGUCGGAAAUUGCAGGGGAGGAGGACGAUGAUGAGGAUGUUGAUGAAGAUGAUUGUGGAGAUGAUGGGGACGGAGACAGGCCCAAAAAACGUGGGCCAAAAAAACGUAAAAUGACGCCGGCUAGGUUAGAGCGCUCGAAAGUACGACGCCAAAAAGCGAACGCCAGAGAGCGCACGCGCAUGCACGACCUAAAUUCAGCACUAGACAAUCUACGCAAGGUCGUACCAUGCUAUUCAAAAACUCAGAAACUCUCCAAAAUUGAAACACUAAGGUUGGCGAAGAACUACAUUUGGGCGCUGUCAGAAAUCCUGCGGAAUGGAAAGAGACCAGACGUGGUUUCGUAUGUACAGACACUGUGCAAAGGCCUCUCCCAACCCACGACCAAUCUGGUGGCUGGGUGCCUCCAACUUAACUCAAGGAAUUUUCUAACGGAACAAUGUCAAGAGGGAGCGCGCUUUCACGUGCCUAACCCCUCGUUCUCCAUGCACGCAUAUCCAUACCAGUGCUCCCGUCUAUCAAGCACACACUGUCAGCCCGGAUCCAAUGCACACAGUCUCCGAAAUCACUCUUUCUGUUCGGCCUAUGAGGCUCUGUACACCGAAGGCACGUCCCCAGAGUACAACAGUCCGGAUUACGAGAGUCACCACAGCCCUCCGGUGUGUGUAAAUGGUAACUUUGCUUUGAGACAACAGGAGUCACUGUCACCAGACGCAGAAAGAGGUUAUCAAUAUUCUAUGCAUUACACCAAUCUGCAUGGCUCACGUUCUUCCACUGCUCAUGGUCUUGCUUACGGCCCAUCAGGAACUCGCAGCGGCAGCGCUCACUCAGAGAACCUUCCACCGUUUCAUGAUGUACACGUGCACCACGAUCGGGCGCCUGCAUACGAGGAACUCAACGCCUUUUUCCACAAUUAGGUGAUUUUUUCCCUCUGUUAAUAAGAGAAAGACAGCGAGAGAGAGAGAGAGAGAGAAAAAAAGGAAGAAGAAGAAGAAGAAGAAGAAAGACAUGGAAAAGACAUUUCCACAUUCAAAACAUUAAUUUAGUAUUUUUUUUAUUAUUUAUAUUAUUGGACAAUAAUCUUCAAUAAUUUUUCAGUAUUCCAUAAUGAACCUUAACGGAUAAAAUCUGUAUAAAAGAAGUGAAUGAAUCUAACUGCUAAAAACAUUUUACUACAGUGGGAGCGUUAUUUCUGAUUGAUUCUAUUGUUUGAACCAUAAUGAGUAUCUAAUGUAAUAUCUCAAGAAAAAAAAAAAACAUGUGAAAUGAACCAAAUUGUUAAAUAAAGUCUGUUUCUUGAUCAAAUGAAUAAAGACGCAAUGUUCCAGAAUAAUCUGGGGCUGUCAUUUCCCACUGGGAAUUGGUCAGGCAGAAAUUUUAAGAAUAUACUAACCAAUUCAAGCAUAAACCAGUUUAUGAGUACACCAAUAACAGUAAAAUUCCACAAACAAUG